AUGCUUGAGCUGGCCCAGACCUGGGAGGAGCUGCAGCACUGCGGGGCUGCAGCCACAAAACGCUUCUGUCACACUGAUUUGCAGAUUUGUACAAGAAUUGAGUCGGUGCAGAGGUAUCUCCAGCAGCUCAUGGAGGAAUAUGGGGAAGUCAGUAAGAAACUGCAGUAUGCACAUCUCAGCGACUCGGAGAGAAAAUUGCUGAUGAAGAAACGCACAAAGCUGCUGCCACUGGCGAAUGUAUUUCACAAAAGUGAGCAGGCUUUAAAAGACCUGCAGGAGGUUUCGUCAGGUCUGGAUGGUUCUUCUGGGGCCACAGAGGAAGAUGCACAUUUGACAGAGCUGUUGAAAGAGGAGGAAGCUCAGAUUUCUCACAAGAUUUUGACUUUAAGAAGAGAUCUUAUCAAGGCUCUUGUGCCCACUGACCCAUUGGACUCCAGUAACAUUGUGCUGGAGGUUGUGUCAGGACGAACAACAGGAGGUAAGUGUUACAUACCAUUUUUUUAA